AUUCAGAUGGAGCUUGUGGUGAUCUCAUUGAUGUUAUGGCAAGUUUCUGUGGGAGUAAAAUACCCAAAUGAGAUCGUUGAUCCUCCAUUGGUACUCUGUGAACCGGAGCGAAUCGUUAUCAAGAUAAAAACUUCGUCAUCGAAUCCAUCUCAUAUCUACGCCGACGAUUUUGCUGAUGAUCCCGACUGUUCGUCACGUAACAUGAACAAAGUCGCACUGAGGCAUGGAAAAUGUGGUAUGAGCACCGAAAGAACGGAUAAUCCGUCAGGAGUCAUUCAACGAGUAUGUAUCUCCGUUCAAUUACAUCCGUUGUUCGUAACUGAAUCGGAUCGAAACUACUGUGCUCAGUGCGUUUAUGUACAAAGUCAAGUACUUGACGACUUUGAGUCGACAUUGGAUAUCAGCGAAUCACUCCCAACCGAAUUAGCUCCACAAUUUGACGUGCAAAAGAUGCCUAAGUGCUCGUAUACCAUACGCAAAGGAUCGGAAAGUGGACCAGAGGUCCGGUUUGCCUCCGUGGGCGAAAGUGUCUACCAUGUAUGGCGUUGUCCUGGAGAGAACUUUGGCAUUCUCGUUCAAAACUGCUUUGUUGAAGAUGGACAAGGCGAUCGAAUACUGGUUAUCGAUCAAAAUGGAUGUGGAGUAGAUCAGUACAUCAUGCCUACACCGGAAUACAGUGAAGACCUAACAACUGCUUUUCAGGAGACACACGUGUUCAAAUUCGCUCGUAAAACUGUCACUCGUUUUAUUUGUCAAAUUCGAAUUUGUCUACAAAGUGACGAAUGCAAAAAGUUGACGGUAAGUCGCUCCAAUUCAGUCGAUGAGGGUGUUCAGGAGUUCCCAGAUGAUGUACGACCGCCAGCUAGCAAACCCGAAAAUGAUUUCAAACAAAAUACUACCAUCGGUAGCAUCUAUUUUGGAUACGGAUAUGAUUCACCACGAAAUCGCCGUGAACUGUCCGAAGCGCGAUUCACAACGUCAAAGGGUUAUCCGGAAGUGGAUCUGGUCGGCGAGUUGAGGGUACUUGACUCGCCUGAGGAUGUUAUGUACUUUGAAAGUAAAUCUUCUGAAACCUCGUCCAAAUGCGUCACACCACUCCACUACUCGCUGAUGAUUGCUGCUCUGGUGGUCGUCUCUGUUCUGCUGGCCAUAGUGAUCCUCUUAUUAUUCAGCAUGUCUAGCUCUAAAAGUAAGGUCGUUCGAUUCGAGAACUGA